AUGACUGAAAGCAGCCCGGGCACCAACUACAAAGAGUUUCGCCUACAUAGCAAUAAAAACCCCGACACCUUUGCAAGACAUCUUGUUGCCGGUUCGCUUUUUGGCAACCAAAAGCUGCCCAUAUAUCCCCGUUUAUUCAUGCAAAGGACCCCGGUACCCCGAAUCAUUGCUGCGUGCUACGUCGGCGACCAUCUCUGCGGCCACCCCGGAUACGUCCACGGAGGUCUACCGUUCGUUCUGUUCGACGACAUAUUCGCAUUGUGUGCCGGGAUGGGGUUCGAAAGCGGCGUCGCAAUGACAGCAAACAUGAAUAUCAACUUUCGCAAGCCCUUGCUUCCGGAGCGUCUAUGUAUAAUCCGUGCGGAGGUGGUGAGGCAACAAGGCCGCAAGGCUUGGGUUGAAGGCUCGGUGCGGAGUUUGGAUGUAUUCACUGCCAAAGAUAUGGAAAAAGUGUCCAUGGCCGAUAAUGCUGGAAUAAGUGCCGAGGAGGCGAAUGCGACUCUUGUCGCUGAGGCUACAGCGGUGUUUGUUGAGCCAAAGUUUGCUCAUUCGAUGGUCUCGCUACUUGGGAAUCAUUAG